AAUCUUAAAAAAAAAAAAAAAAAAGAGCAUGAGGUUUACCAAAGUUCCUAAUACCUCAGACCCAGCCAUUUUGAAAAGAGCACAACCAACAGUCUUAAAAUGGGCCUAUCCCAUUUCUCGAUGUCUUCUCUGACCUGACUUAGUGCUUUCCUCAGGGGCACAGAGGCCUCAGACUUCUCUGAAAAGAUGGCAGUUUAGUGAGAGUCCCAGCCAUGGGUGCACUCGGUGUGUCGGAGUGAGCAACAUCCAGGCCAGCCAGGGCCUCGUUUUGCUUCAGUCUGAAAGAGAUUUUUGUUUUUCAGUGAGAACAGCCCCAGCCUGGCCUGGCGCUGGAGCCAGAGGCAGGAGUACAAACCCUUUCAUGUGACAGACCCUGAGUGGAGUGAUGUAGGCCUGCCAGCAGCAGGCCCUCCCUGCUGCUUCUCAGGAGGCGAUCAUUUGCAUAUUCCCCAUUCAUCCUGGCCUUGAAAAGGAGGCCCUAGUUCUUAGUGCUCCCUGCCCAGAAUUGGGCUGGACUGUGGGGCCUGGCCUUAACCCUGUAGACACCUGGCCUCCAGAGGGAUGAUUCAGGAAGUGGCAGGGUCCUGUUGAGUGGCAUAGCUUUCCUUUGAACUGAGUGAAAUUCAAUUUUGUCUCUUCCUGCAGCAUUCAGAGGAGCUACUUUGUCAAAGUAUGGGGAAGCCAGAAAAUUAAUUGUUUAUAAAAUUUGCCAGAAAACUGACCUUAAACCCAGGCAAACUCUCUUUUUUCCCCAUCAAAUCUUAUUAGUGUGCUGGGUGUUUACAUAACCAUGUGACUUGGGGAGUGCAACUUCACCCCUCCAAUGGUGCACAAUGAGCUGAAAGAGUGGACAGAGGAGCCAUUUGACCCCUGCUUGCAGCAGCAGGCCAUGGGGGGCAGGCAGUCUGGGGGCCCAACUUGCAUCCUGAAAUCCCAGGGUGCCAGGUCAGGUGAGCUGGUGGGCCCCAUUAGCUUGUACCUGUGUCUUGGAAGGCAUGGGGCAUAGUACAGUACCAACUAUAAUCUUCCUUUUACAGCUAAACGCUAUCCUCCCAGCCUCAGCUGCCAGCCUUAGUCCUCAGUACAACCAGGCCCCUGCAGUACAAACAGGCCCAUUCCUACCUCCUUCCUAGGAGCUCUGACAGCUUACAAGAUCUUCCUGUGACUCACCAACCCUAGAACACCCUGCCCCUGAUCCUUCCCACCCUUCUCCAUCCUCUCCUCACUCCCCCUCCCUGACAGAGGAGGUGUCUCAGGUUCUGUGUUCAGUACAUUUCUCCCUGAGUAGGGUGUCCCCAGCUGCUCCUGAGAGAAUUCCUCUCUUGCUCCCUCCACCUCACUGACCCCAACCAUGUCUUAGUAGUCCUCUCCCUACUUAAGGAACUUCCCCUGAGCUAAAGGAGAUCACAUCCUGUACCACCUAUACACUGACUGCCCACUGGGCUCUGAGAGCUUGGCCCUGCCAGGAGCAUCCCAUGAUCUCUUUACUGAGCUUAAAGCUUAGAGUUUGCAGGGUGUCCUCAGUUUGGGCCAGUGAUGGAAAUGGAUCACUGCUCCCGAGGCCAGGACACUGGCAGUCCUAAUGUGGACUGGCUGGGAAGGGUAAGGAUCAAGUUGCAGUCCCAAGAUUUGGCUUCCUUCACAGUAGGGCCUGGCCAGGGGGUUCCCUCUGCUUAUGUGGUGUACAUGGUCCUCCCCAGGUUCUCUAGGGUUCUGCCUGCUGUCCCAGCACUUGGUGUGGAAGGAAGGCCAAGGAUCAUUCACAGUAUCGGUCCUGGUCAUCAUACCCUAUAAUUAUUUCCAAAGGGUCCACUGCCAUUGUCUUAGCCUCUGCUGGGCCUCUUUGCUCUGGGAGUUUUGUCUGACCUGAUUUGUGGUCAGGGUAACAUUUAUCUCAGUUUGUGAAAAACACUGUGUUUCUGUUUCCUUGCCUGUUCUCAAGGCUAUUUGUAAUUUUUAAGUUCCCGAAAGUGUUGUUUGAGCCUGGCUUCCCUGUGCUAUCAUGAGGAAUGCGAGCCCAUGUACUCUGGCCAGGGAUUAGGGAGAGUGAGAUUCUUGGGAGGUGCUGGCAUGAGGUUGGGGGCAGAGGGGCAGUGGAGGCCACUUCCUGGGCCGAGUGGGCGGCCUAGGGGAAAGAUGUUCCCAGCAAGGUCAAGCUAGCUGGGACAAGUCGCCCUGCGAAGUGAUCAGGCACAGCCAACCUUAGUUGGGCUUUUCCACAUUCAAGAGGCUUAACUGAACCUUCAGAGCGACAAUCAGCCUCCUCAGGAGACUUAGCGCACGGAAGGAAAUUUUCAUCUAUGAAAAGACAUCUCUGAAGCUGUCUGGAGAAAAGGAAGGGUCCCACCGAAAAGGGUGAGAAAGGGCUUUGUGACUGAAGGGAGGAGUGCAGAGUGCAGGCCCAGCCUCAUGGCCAGAGGAACUGCAGCCACUUCAGAUGCUUCUUUGGAGUGGGCGAAUAAGUAGAAGCCUGGGGAGAAGUGGGUAGCCAAGCCCUUUUCCAUUGCCCUCCAUACUGCAGGCGAGUGGGCUACCUGAAGAAGGACCAGCCACCAGAAAAUGAGAUUAUCCUUUCACUUUUGGAGAAGAUGCAGACACAGGAGAUCCUGAAGAUACUGCGGCUCCCUGAACUGGGUGACUUGGGUCAGUUUUUCCGCAGCCUUUCAGCCACCACCCUCGUGAGUAUGGGUGCACUGGCCGCCAUCCUUGCCUACUGGUUCGCUCACCGGCCAAAGGCCUUGCAACCACCGUGCAACCUCCUGAUGCAGUCAGAGGAAGUGGAGGAUAGUGGCGGGGCCCGGAGAUCCGUGAUUGGGGAUGGUCCUCAGCUACUCACCCACUACUAUGAUGAUGCCAGGACCAUGUACCAGGUGUUUCGCCGUGGGCUUAGCAUCUCAGGGAAUGGACCCUGUCUUGGCUUCAGGAAGCCCAAGCAACCUUAUCAGUGGCUGUCCUACCAGGAGGCGGCCGACAGGGCUGAAUUCCUCGGGUCUGGACUUCUCCAGCACAAUUGUAAAGCUUGUACAGACCAGUUUAUUGGUGUUUUUGCACAAAAUCGGCCAGAGUGGAUCAUCUCAGAGCUUGCCUGCUACACCUACUCUAUGGUGGUGGUCCCACUCUAUGACACCUUGGGCCCUGGGGCUAUUCGCUACAUCAUCAACACAGCUGACAUCAGCACCGUGAUCGUGGAUAAGCCUCAGAAGGCUGUGCUUCUGCUAGAGCACGUGGAGAGGAAGGAGACUCCGGGGCUCAAGCUGAUCAUCCUGAUGGACCCAUUUGAGGAAGCUCUGAGAGACAGAGGGCAGGAAUGUGGAGUGGUCAUUAAGUCCAUGCAGGCUGUGGAGGAGUGUGGCCAACGGAAUCAUCAAGCUCCCGUGCCCCCGAAGCCCUGUGACCUCUCCAUUGUGUGUUUCACAAGCGGCACAACAGGGAACCCAAAAGGUGCGAUGCUCACCCAUGGGAACGUGGUGGCUGAUUUCUCAGGCUUUCUGAAAGUGACAGAGAGUCAGUGGGCUCCCACUUGUGCGGAUGUGCACAUUUCCUAUUUGCCUUUAGCACACAUGUUUGAGCGAAUGGUGCAGUCUGUCGUCUACUGCCAUGGAGGCCGUGUUGGCUUCUUCCAGGGAGAUAUUCGCCUCCUCUCAGAUGACAUGAAGGCUCUGUGCCCCACCAUUUUCCCUGUGGUCCCUCGACUGCUGAACAGGAUGUACGAUAAGAUCUUCAGCCAGGCAGACACGCCAUUAAAGCGCUGGCUCCUGGAAUUUGCAGCGAGGCGUAAACAAGCUGAGGUUCGGAGUGGAAUUGUCAGGAAUGAUAGCAUCUGGGAUGAACUCUUCUUUAAUAAGAUUCAGGCCAGUCUUGGUGGGUGUGUGAGGAUGAUUGUUACUGGAGCAGCCCCUGCAUCGCCAACAGUACUUGGAUUCCUGAGGGCAGCACUGGGGUGCCAGGUUUAUGAAGGUUAUGGCCAAACUGAGUGCACAGCGGGAUGUACCUUCACCACACCUGGGGACUGGACCUCAGGGCACGUAGGGGCACCCUUGCCCUGCAAUCAUAUCAAGCUGGUUGAUGUCGAGGAACUGAACUACUGGACACGCAAAGGAGAGGGAGAGAUAUGUGUGAGAGGACCAAAUGUUUUCAAAGGUUACUUGAAAGAUCCACUCAGGACAAAAGAGGCCCUGGACAGUGACGGCUGGCUUCACACUGGAGACAUUGGGAAAUGGUUGCCGGCAGGAACUCUUAAAAUUAUUGAUCGGAAAAGCACAUAUUUAAACUUGCUCAGGGAGAAUAUGUUGCGCCCGAGAAGAUUGAGAACAUCUACAUUCGAAGUGAUCCAGUGGCACAAGUCUAUGUCCACGGGGAUAGCUUAAAGGCCUUCUUAGUGGGCAUUGUUGUGCCCGACCCUGAAGUCAUGCCCAGCUGGGCCCAGAAGAGAGGAAUUGAAGGGACAUAUGCAGAACUCUGCACAAAUAAGGAGCUGAAGAAAAUCAUUUUGGAAGACAUGGUGAGGUUAGGAAAAGAAAGUGGACUCCAUUCUUUUGAACAGGUAACUAUUACCUUCCCCAUAUUUGUUACGGGCCUGUAUGCAGAG